AUGUUGGCCAUUGGAGGUCCUAUUACUAGUAUCCAUACAAGCACUACUUGCACUUCUUUGCUCAGGGAAUUUGAGCAGAUAUGGAACGAUAUUGGAGGGACAGAGAAGGAUAAAGAUCGAAUGUUGAUGGAGCUAGAGAGAGGAUGUUUAGAUGUUUAUAGGAGAAACAUUGACGAGGUUGCCAACACAAAAGCACGUUUUCAUCAAUCUGUUGCGGCCAAGGAAGCCGAGAAUUCUACGCUAAUGGCUGCACUUGGUGAACAUGACAUUCACCCUCCGAUUAAGUCCGAUAAAAGAUCGGCGUCCUUGAAGGAGAAACUCGCAUCUGUAACACCAUUGGUUGAAGAAUUGAAGAAGAAGAAAAGAGGAAAGGUUGAAACAAUUUGCAGAUAUUAA